GGGGGGCGCUGCUGCGUCGCGCGGAGCCGUUGUGCAACCUUCAAAGUCUUCCCCGCUGCGCGAGGAAACGGCGGAGAGGCGGGUGUCAGUGGCCGUUGUCACAAUGUCGGGCAGAAAGCCCCGGUCCGUGGCCAACCCUCUGGAGUCAGCGAUCACCACGCCGAGUGAGAGGAUCCUGAGAGAAUGCCACACUCUCUAUGUCGACGGCGACAACGGUCUGGUGAAGAUCGCCAGCGGCCUCGGCGUUUGGCUCCUUCCUCCCAGGAAGAAGAUCGUUGUGAUGAUCAUGGGGAACCACUCCGCAGGGAAGAGCUCCUUCAUUAACUGGUACGUCGAGGAGCACAUACAGAAAACAGGGGUCGCCAUCGAAACCCAGGGGUUCACGUUCAUCACGAGCGGCCGCAAACGAGAAUCGCUGACGGGGAACGCAACGCUACAUCUUUAUCCACACUUUCGUCCUCUCCUUGAGUUCAAAGGCGUUACGGACUACCUGUCUGCUGAAAUCUCCACCUCCAAGCAGAAGAAGUUCAGCCUGGUGACGUUUGUGGACACUCCCGGAUUGGUGGACGGAGAUAUGAUCUAUCCUUUCGAUGUCAACAGCGCCAUCACCUGGCUGGGAGAGCAGGCUGACCUGAUAUUUGUGUUCUUCGACCCAAUGGGCCAGGCGCUGUGCAAACGGACGCUCAACAUCGUGGAGAGCCUCAGUGAGAAAUGCGGCGACAAGCUGCGGUUCUACCUCAGUAAAGCGGACGAGGCCGGCAAGGAGACGGACAGACAGCGGGUGAUGAUGCAGAUAGUUCAAGAACUUUGUCGCCGUCCAGGUCUGAACAAAUGUGGUUUUGAGAUGCCAACGAUCUACAUCCCCAACCCAGAGAGGCCGAGCAGGUGUGUGAACCAGAUCGAUGGGAUAUGUCAGACCAUCGAGAAGACCAUCAACCAGGCUGUUCAGAAGACCCUGGAUCAGCUGGAGAAGGACUGUGACCUCAUUUGUUCCACCAUCAACAGUCGACUAGAGCAGGACAGGGCCGAUGUAACGUACAACAGACGCGUCCGCGUUCACUCGUUCCUGUGUGGAGCUCUGGGCGUUUUCUUUCCUGCCCUCUUUAUCCUCAGCUUUGUCAUGAACACCUUCUCCAAAGAGCAGCUGGAUGUGCUGCUGGGUGAGGGACUCGCCCGAGCCCUCACUGUCUUCACGGGAGUCGUGUUGUAUUUAUGGGACUGGAUUCCGGAGGACGGACAAGUUGUGUGUGUGAUCACGUUUGGUGCCUUCUGUUACCUCCUGCUUUUUCUAGCAAAGUAUUUUGCAGGCCAAAGGAAUAAAACGCUAACGAAGAAGGAGAAGAGGACGAUGACAGAGUACAGUGAUUACAUCCAGGAUAUCGUUAAAGCCAAGAAGGCCAAAUUGUAUGAGUGGUUCCUCCAGCAGUGCGCUGCAGAAUAUGACCUCUGACCCCAGGUGGAACCUUUAGCAGAGCAGACGUCACUGCCAACACCUAAAAGAUCUCAAGAUUUUCAAAUUAAAAGGUGCCUUCGUUUUUAACUGCAGGACAAACUGUGAUUGUAGCCGUGUGAUAAAAGCAAAGAGAACAAUGUGAA